AAAUUCACUUCCUUGUCAACUUCCUUCACGGCUGCCCAGCGGGACGCAAGAAGUGUGAAUGCUCUGACUUCAGCAGAGGCCAUAUCUUCGUAAAUGCUGCACAGCCAAUGCAGAGAUCAGACAGACCAUGUAAAGGCUUUUAGCCAGCAAGCAAGCGUUUCAAGUUUAACCUAUCAGCGUUUGGAAAACAUUUGAUACGCAUGCGCACUGUCUUUGAAUUCAAAGCGAGUAGUAGCAUCAGCGAGUGCUUUGAAAGCUAACAUGCAAAUGGCUGACAGAAUCAUUUCGGCUGUUUCGGAUUACCCUGAGUUGUAUAACGUAACUUUAAACUCAUACAGGGACUCACAGAGAAAGGCAAGGGCAUGGAGGGCUGUAAGUCUGCAAGUGGAAAUGCCUGAUAUCCUGACCCCACUCCCCUCUUCUUUUUGUGUUACGUGUCAUUUGGGGUGUUUAGUGGAUGACUGUCGGAAUAAAUGGAAGAACCUGAGGGACACUUUUGUCAAAUUCAAGCGGGCUGAGCAGCAGAGGAGAGCAUCUGGGGAGCUGGACAUUCACAAGAAGACCUGGAUGCACAGCAGAAGCAUGUCCUUCCUUACCCCCUUCAUCCAGCCCAAGGGCUUGCAAGGAGACACCACAGAUGACUUGGAGGAGGAAAGGGAGAGGAACAGGGAAAGUGCCACAGAAGGUGUGGACGAUAAAUCAGCCUACAUUAUCCAUGAGAUCGAGGGGGGCCAGGCAGACGAUGAGGAUGCUUCCUCUCCUGACACUGUGUCGGGAUCCAAUGGGCCCAGCCGGAAGAGGAGGUGGCAGAUGGAUGGGAUGGACGGACUGGAGGACAUAGAGGAUGAGAUGUUCUUCUUUAGUUUGCUCCCGUAUCUUAGGAAGCUCCCCCAUAGAAAGAAGAGUGCUGUAAAAUUGAAAAUACACCAACUUCUACAUGAAGCAGCAUUCCAAUAACCCACUGCCCAGCCCCCGCCCUCAAUUCUGUUUCCAAGGUUUUGUAAAGCACAAGCCUUCAUUUUGUCCUGUUAUCAACUAUUGUUCUAUAUUCAGUUUGAUACUAUGCCUAAUUAUGGUUAUUGCAAAGUCAAUUGUUAACAAAUAAACGCUUUCAACAUUUGAGGGCCUGAAUUGCUUACUUUGUCUGUGAGCAAUUCUCCCACAUGUUCAAAAUAAUAAAACUAACUCUUCACCCUGG